GAGAGGAAGGAGAGCCGAUUGUGGUCCAAGUGAAGACGAUCGAGGAUUUUCUGAACAGGGGCGGCCUCCCCCACAUCAAGACCGAGUCCGAGGAGGAAACGCACCGAUAUUGGGACUCUGAAUGGCAUGAAUUCUUGAAAAGCGUGGCGUGGCUGUCUCCGGCGUCUCCGCCUCCGUCAGAGGAGGAUGCCAAAGAUUUCCAGGCCUCCUUGGGGAGAGUCAGGGAAGAUCCGCGGCAGGGGAGCUCUGGAGAAGCCACCAGGGAUCCCAGCGUCCGUGGAAAAGCCUGGAUAGGCAGGAAAAAACUCGAGUCCUGCAGGAAGAUGAAAGAGACCCUGGAGAAGAUGGGGAUGGAGAGGCAGUGGCCCCUGCACCUCAAGCAGUUCAACCCCCAGGAUACUGAGAGGGCCCAGUUACCUGCAAAGAGAAAAAACUCCAACACGCCAGAAGGAAUAAGAAAGAAACAACGGAAAGUCAUCAGUCUCAAUUUGAAGAUGAAGAUCAUCAAAGCGUAUGCUGAUGGGAAGAAAGUGACUAAUAUAGCGCGAGAAGAAGGCCUGGCCCACUCUACCAUCUCUGCCAUUUUGAAGGACAAGGAAAGGAUCAGAGAGGCCAUGAAAGGGUCAUCGGGAAUGAAUGUAAGUAUAACCAGGCAGCGAAAAGGCCUCAUCCACGAAAUGGAAAAACUCCUUAUACUCUGGAUCGAAGAUCAGAUACAGAAGAGGCUGCCGGUGAGCCUUCUCCUCAUUCAGAACAAGGCGCGCAGCAUUUUCUCCACGCUGAAAGAACGAGCAGGUGAGGAAUGCACGGAAACAUUCACGGCCAGCCGUGGCUGGUUUAUGCGGUUUCAGCAAAGAUUCCAUUACCAGAAAACACACACGUCGGGUGAGACUGCAAAUGGUGAUGAGGAAGCUGCCAAACGCUUUCUGAAUGAACUUGACGGUAUCAUAGCGGAAGGGAACUAUUUUCCCGCGCAGAUAUUCAGCAUGGACGAAACUGGGUUGUACUGGAAAAGAAUGCCGGAGCAGACCUACAUACACAAAGAGGCCCAAGCGAUGCCUGGUUGUAAAGCAUUCAAAGAUAGAGUAACUGUACUAUUGGGCGGAAAUGUUGCCGGGUUCAAGCUGAAGCCAUUUGUAAUCUACAAAUCGGAUCACUCCUGUAUGUUCAAAAACAUUAACAAAGCCGCACUGCCCAUUUAUUUCCGGUCUGAUCUUAAGGCCUGGAUAACGCCCACCCUGUUUGAGGAUUGGUUUAUGAAUUGUUUCAUUCCCCAAGUAAAGGAAUAUUGUUGGCAAAAGGGAAUUCCUUUUAGAAUUCUUCUGAUCUUAAGCAAAGCCCCUGGACAUCCCCCAGAUCUCGACAGUUUCCACCCCGACGUAAAGGUAGUUUAUCUACCCCAAAACACCUCCGUGCUCCUACAGCCUAUGAGCCAGGGAGCAAUUUCAGCAUUCAAGGCCUACUAUUUGCACGCCGUGUUUGCCAAAGCUUUAGCCACGAUGGAAAACGACAGAAUAACACUGAGCGAGUUUUGGAAAAGCUACAAUAUCCUGGAUUGUAUCGAAAACAUCGUAGCAGCCUGGCAGGAUGUCAGUGUGAAAUGCAUGCAAGGCAUUUGGAAAAAGUGCUUAAAAUGUUUUUCUGCUCUGGCGGAUAACUUGGAGGAAUUUGAGCAGCACCAAAAUUUAGACCGGAUCAAUAAGAAGAUUUUGACCCUCACAAAAUCCCUGGAUUUAGAGGUCGAGGCCGAAGAUGUGAGAAGUUUGAUAGCUUACACGGAGGGAGAGCUUUCCAACGAAGAAUUGAUUGAACUGAAGGAAGAACUGGAAGAACAAAAGGUGGUGGAGGAAGAGGUAGAAAAGGAAGAAAAAAAAGAAGAGAGAAAAGUGGAACAAAAAAAAGUUGUAGAAGUUCAGCCCAAAACGUUCAGUCUGAAAAGGUUGGCCAGUGUUUUCUCGGGCGUGAACAAAAUUUUAUCAGAAUUGGAGAGUAUGGAUCCGGAUGUGGAACGUUUUAGAAGGGUGCACUGGGAAAUGCGUGAGAUCCUGAAGUGUUAUCGUGAAAUAUAUGAAGAAAAAAGGAAAGAAAGUGUGGAAAGCAGACAUAGUGGGUUCCAGAAGAAAAUUAUUUCUUCCCCAGCUCCGGUUCCCUCCCUUUUGCCCUUUCGAUCCACUGUAAAAGAACACCCUGAUGAUCCUCAGCCAUCAACCAGCUACGCGAGUGGAUCCGACGUUCCUGAAAACUUGGAAAACCACGAACCUUUCAAAGCAUAUGUAUCCGAUUUGAUGUUUACAGUCAUCCCAAAGAAUACGAUGCUCAAACCUCCGAAACAGGAAGAAGAAGCCUUUGAGAUUGUGAAGGUGAAGAUUCCUAUGGAUAUAAAGCAAGAGAGUGACGGGGAGGCCAACUAAUUAGAAUAUGACAGAGACAUAAGGAGAAAACUUUCCAGGUGGGAAGAUCUGAAGAAAUAGAUAUUUGCAAGAGUUUGGAGGGAAUCAAAAGCUUGUAUUUCUGGGGUUCUGGGGUUAAAGAAAAGUGAGUAAAUCCACCGGGAGCACAAAGGCGUUUAGGAAAGAAAGACAGUGACGCUUUCCUGACUGAAGAUGACGAUGAAAGCUUAAAAAGAGGCCAAUUUUCAGUGCGGCAAAAAACAGCAACACGGAAUUAAGAGGAGCCAGAGAUGGUGUGCAACCAUCAGCGUUCCAGAUACUCCACAUGUGCAAGGAUGAACUACAUAAAUAUUUACACUGUUAGAAAAUUAACAGCAACCCCCCCCCAUUAUUCAGUAGGGAAGCACUCCCUCAGCAAGAGAAAACUGUUACUUCUUCAGAGCAUGGGAAGUUUUGGCUGGAAAACAAACCUCACGAAGAACAACGGGACCCACACAGCAAAGAAGCCAUAUAAAAGUCCAGACUGCAGCAAAAGCUUCAUUGGUCAGUUGCCCUCAUGAAAGACAAGAGGUUCCACACAGGAGAGAAGCUGUAUGAAUGCUUCAGGUGUGGGAGAAGCUUCCGGAUCGGCUACCGCCUAAAACUCUGUAAAAAGGAUGCACACGGGUGAGAAACUGCACCGGUGUUUGGAAAGCUUCAUUGACAGAAACACGAGAGGACCCACACGGGCGAAAGCCUUACAAGUGCUCCGAAUGUGGUAAAAGCUUUCAGACCAGCUUCCAGUUGAAAAUACACAAAAGGACACGCACACUGGCCAGACGCCGUAUCAGUGCUGAUAGCGAUCCACGUGAGGGUCAACACUAUAACAGAGAGACUGUAUAGGUGCCCGAGUGUGGGAAGAGCUUGGUUUCUAGCUCACAUCUCAGGAAGCUUAGUUUAUAGUUAGUAUAUAUGGCCAAGCAGCUAGCUGCAUAAGUGCUCCUGCUAGUGCGAAAAGCAUCAGUAGGAAAUCCCAACUUGGCGGUCUACGAACAGAUUCAUAUCAGAGUUCUUCCAUGUUUCAUAAACACAUGAAAAUCCACCCAGGAGGGACAUCCUAGAGGGGCAGGGUUGGUGUUCGGGUCUUAACACGCAAUCUCAAGAGAGAGUGAUAAUGACGUCAGCAUUGGAGUAAAACGGCAGACGGCUAAGAGUCGAGCACAAAGGGGCAUUGGUGGCUUUUAAACAUACCGAUACAUUAAAAGGUUGUAAAGAA